UUGAGCGCCACAGCGACACUGAAAAUGCUUUUAACGCUGCACGGCUGUCAGUAUUGAUGAAAGUUAUAACCUUGUUUUUAAUAUUUCACGUGUCUUAUUGAGAGCGCUUUCGCUUAAAAGUGAUCCGUAGUUUUUUCGCUUGUUGCACCAACCGCGCUGUGUGUUUAGUGGUUCCGUUAGUAACUAAGUUUGCAUAUCGGUUUAAAAAUAAAUGGUAUAGAUAAUCGUAGUAGAGAAAGCGUGCGACCUUCGGGCGGUCAGGGCCCCGCGGUGCAGCUGCGCAGUGAGUCCCCGCUGAAGGUCAACUGCUUGGUUUUCACGGACACGCAUCCCAGUACCCUCUAGUAUUCAACCUGGAAUACCAGAACUCUUCUCACAUUUCUUGUGGCAAGCUUAAGCUGUGAUUGUGAAGUGUAAAGACUCCCCACCGCACAGCCAGGCACGGACACUGUAAGCUCGCCUCCCGCGAUGAAGGCCUCGACUUGGAACCUUCGCCACGCAAAGUCCCACGCCCGUUGAUGAGAUGCCAGCCAAGAUGAUGGGCGGUCGCGCUGCCGCCGGGCUCGGCACCGACGUCAGCGUGGCGGACUCCCCCCUCGCGACCUUCGAGUCUCUGACACAGGCCGCCGUGGUGGCCGUCAUCGGGGUCGCCAUCGUCGUCUCCAACAUACUCAUCAUCGCCGCUUUUGUCAACUUUAAAGGUCUGUCGAACGAGGUGAUCAACAACUACCUGCUGUCGCUGGCCGUGGCGGACCUGCUGUGCGGGCUGUGCGUCGUGCCGCUGUCUGUGUACCCGGCCAUCACAGGGCGCUGGAUGUUCGGCGACCUGAUGUGCCGUCUGUCGGGCUACCUGGAGGUGACCCUCUGGUCGGUCUCGGUGUACACCUUCAUGUGGAUCUCCGUGGACCGCUACCUGGCCGUCCGCAAGCCCCUGCGCUACGAGACGGUUAGUGCGACGGUACAAACACGCACGCGGAGCCAAUGUUGGAUGGUGUUCACGUGGAUCUCGGCCGCCAUGCUGUGCUGCCCGCCGCUGCUGGGCUACAAGGAGGAGGCGCAGUUCGACAAGAAGACGCUCAUCUGCAUGCUGGACUGGGGCACGACCUACGCCUACACGGCCACGCUCGCCAUCCUCGUGCUCGGGCCCAGCGUCAUCUCCAUCACCUACAACUACUCCUACAUCUUCUCCAUGAAGCGCAAGAUCAGCAGCGGCAUCCCGAUCCACGACAAGGAGUACGCCACGGCGCUGGCAGAGAACCUCGGCAACCCGAGCCACUGGUUCAGCUUCGUCCUGGUCUCCGUGUUCUGGCUGAGCUGGGCGCCGUACGCGGGGGUGCGAUUCUACGAGUACUGGCUGGGGCACGAGCUCAAGGUGCCGAUGCUGCACUUCGGCGUGGUCUGGCUCGGGAUCCUCAACUCGUUCUGGAAGAUCGUGAUCCUGCUGUCGCUGAGCCCGCAGUUCCGCCUCGCGGUGCGCAUCCUGUGCCUCACGGCGUGCUGCCGCAGCAAGUCCCGCCUGCAGGCCGAGCUCAUAGGCAUGGACAACGACGACUGACUCCUUCCCGGUACUUGGUAAAGCAAUGACAGCUGGCACGUUCUCUGGAGCGGACUCGGCGAUGGACGGACGCUGCUAGGCUGUGUCAUGUCGGGGUCACCAUCCUGUUAGUUAGGAAAAGGUUACACGUCCGUCUCAUCUCAAGUCCGUAGGUUUAACAUCGCAUGUAAACGAUUGAACAGUUAACAUUCCAAGGAAUAAGGAUGCUAUCAUUGAAAUACUUAGUACCGCGAAGAAAUAAACUACCAAAAUGUUUUAUUAGAAAAAAGUAUCUUGCUCUAAUCUAGGUGUGUUUCUUUGAUGAUGGCUUUCAUCGACGACUAGCUCACAAUGUGGCAUUCUAAUUUCAACUAGCGAGUAGGGUCCGAGGUUCUUGCGGGGAUGGCGAGUCUGUCUAAACUUUACUCUUGUCUAUUCCGGGCUGGAGGGUUCAUACAUACAUUCGUGCUCACUUCCAUUGAAGAUUCUAAAUAAUUAAGGACCAUCUAUUUUUAACUAUCUUACUCGUACAUCCACCCUUUUAGAUUAGUUGUAAGUUAGUAAUCUAGAAAGUGUGUUGUUGACUUAAAUGGUGGAAUCACAUUGCCAUCUUGCAUUUGCGUUUUCUAUGUAAGUAAGCUACUUAAUCGUUAACUGUAUGAUUUCAAGUUCGUCCGCAUGAUCUCAUUUCAAAGACUACAUACCUAAUAUAUCGUAUGAUGACAAUAAUUAGGUUCUAUUUUAAUUUAAGCAGCUAUUUACACCUAAUUUACGAAUGUUUAUUAAAGCAAAUCGACUUGAAAUUGCCAAUGUAAAGCAAUAUUUGUAUCCAUAUCAUAAAGUUGUAAAUUGGUGGACUCUCAGUCGGUCCCGCCGAGCGCCGACUGUGUUUGACUACUGUAUUGUAUUCACAUUAGUUCCUCCCCUCUCCCCCUCACAUGGAUGUCUGUAUUAUACGAAUGAAUAAAUAAUUAAUAAAGUGUGAAUUGUUAAUGAAUCUGUAUCGAAUGAAACGAUAUCAGAUCCAUUUGCGUCUGUAUUUAAAUUGCAGAUAUAAUUAUGUUUAAGAUAUUUAGAAGAUGAAUAUAUAAAAGAUAUACGUAAAUUAUUUACUUUAUUAAUUUCUGUCUGGCAUUUUACUUAAUCUUUCCAGUUCAGUUAAAAAGGGUUUGGACCGUCACAAAUACCUAAUUCCAUUCAUUUGAACAACAUAAUCAGGGUCUACGACUACCGAAAAACUAACCAGAUGAUCUACUGUUUUGGAGAUCUUUCAUCAAGAGAUAAUACCCUCGAAAAGGAACGUUUAUUUUAAAACAUCACACUGGUCAAACUUUAUAUUUUUCGCAAGCAUAUUAUGGCAUCUUGUAUACCUACCGUUUAGUG